GCGCAGAUUGUACAUUUUCGUACGCUCGAAUGUGAAAUUUAAAAUACGAUGUCGUGGCUAAAGGAACGCAUUUUGAAUUGGUUUCAAUCCGUGGCUUUAAGGGUUAUUAAGACUGGCGAAGUGCCUAAACACGUGGCGCUUAUCAUGGAUGGUAACAGACGUUAUGCGAAUAAACAUAACUUGAGAAAAAAAGAGGGACACUCAAAAGGGUUGGAGACAUUAAUUGAGAUAUUAAAAGCAUGCAUGGAUCUCGGUAUUGUAGAAAUUACAAUUUAUGCAUUUAGUAUAGAGAAUUUUAAACGUAGUAAAGAAGAAGUUGAUGAUCUCAUGGACCUUGCCAGGAAGAUGUUCAACCGUCUCUUAGAUGAGAAGAAGAAAUUGAAGGAUAUUGGAGUGUGUAUUCGCGUGAUUGGUAAUUUUUCUCUGAUACCAGAAGAUCUACGCAAAAUAAUUGCUAAAACUAUGAUUUUUACUAGGGAAAAUAAUAGAAUGUUUUUAAAUAUUGCUGCUGCUUAUACAUCAAGGGAUGAAAUUACUCAUGCAAUUAGGGAUAUAGUACAAGGUGUAAAGGAUGCUGAUAUUUUACCUGAAGAUAUUAACGAAGAUCUGAUUACUGAUUGUUUGUACACUUACAAGUCUCCAAAUCCAGAUUUAUUAAUUCGUACUUCCGGAGAAACUCGACUUAGCGAUUUUCUUAUGUGGCAAAUUUCCCAUACCUGUAUCUACUUUACCGAAGUAUUGUGGCCUGAAUUCAGUCCAUGGAAUUUACUUAGCGCAAUUUUUUAUUAUCAGAGUUGUUAUCCUUACUUGCAGAAAAAUAGAAAAAAUUUGAAACGAAUUAUGCAUAAUACUAGAGUAUCCAUGUUUCUUGAUAAGUUGUAUAACAAACGUGACAUGGCAAUCGAAAAAAUAUAA